CUUAGAUUGUAGAGAGCUGCUGCCUUAUUUAACCAAUUUGCCCCAUCUGCCCUGGUGAAAGAUGAGUGCCAGAAACAGAUCCUGCUCAUCCUCCAUUCUUCAAGCAUGCAGUUCAUCAUCCUUUACCAGACAGCCUUCUCGUGUGUUGAUAGUAGAUGCUUCGCCACCCUGGUGGUCAGAGACAUGUACUGUUCUAUGUCAGGCCCUGGAGAAUUUCUUUUAUCUGGCCAGCAGUCUGGCAGGACCUGCUCGUCUUCCACUGCUAAGCAUCUUUGCCAUCAGUGUACAGCUGGAGUGCCUCCUACCCUUUGUGCAAGUUAAGGGCAAUUUGGCACGUCUGCUGUCCUGUAUAGAGGAGUUGCGUUCUCUGCCUCCAGAGGGUUGCAUUCGGCAAAGAGGUGCACUCCUUAAACAGGCAGUGCUGGACAGCCUGCAGCAGUUUAAACAAUACAUGUGUCAUACAGCUCAUGGGGAAUUCAACAGCAACAGUGUAGAGGUGACGGUAUUAACCUGUCAGUCAGGACAGACAGUCCUCCGACAGCUGGAGCAGGGCCUAAAAAACUCCGAUCUGAUUAGUCUGCGCAGGCUUCUGGUGGUUCACAUCACAUUACAGCAGAGUCUCUCAGACAGAUCUCCAGCCUGUAGCCUUGAGACACCAUCUUUAGAAGAUGACCAGGAAGAGAACCUGAUGCUGGGUACAGAGGUGGAUGUGCAGCUUGUGGAGGGCACAGUUGUGGCCUUGGAGAACUUUCUGAAAAUGUGGCUACAUGACCAGGGUGGAGACCGAGAGCACCUGCACUUGUUGUUACCCCCUUCUCUCACAUCACAGGGUUCUACACCACACCCUGCCAACAACAGGCCAAGCCCGGUCUGUUUGAAGUGUGACAUGCAGGAGAGGCUUCUCAGCCCAGCCCUACUUCCCAGCACUCCUGACCUUGGAAUGAAGACUGAGAGGAUGCAAGAUUUCCAGCCCCCAAACAAGAGUCUGGCCAAUCAAAACCCCUCGCCGCAGCGUCUGCAAGCUGUCAAGGUUCUUCAUGCCAGUGGAGUGUGUCAGUCUGUGCUGUAUGGACUACCGUUCAUCAUCAGACCAACCUCAUGCUGGCAGCUGGACUGGGAUGAAAUGGAAACAAACCAACAGACAUUUCAUGCUCUCUGCCACAUACUUAAAACCCGUGACUGGUUCCUAUUGGUGCGCUCAGAAUCGGGGUCAGGUUCUCGUUCUGGUGUGUUCUCCCACUAUAUACUUCAGUCUUCUGGUUCACUGUCUCUGCUUUUGAAACCUGUGCUGACACGAGAACUUAUGCUACCCUGCUGCCUGCCCGUCUCAAUGGAGGACCCACCACUUCCUGCACUCGCCUCUGUGGAGAGCUCCCUGGAUCAGCUUGAGAAAGACCCCGUCUUUAACCCUCUCUGUCUGGACUCUAACCUUUACCUGCACCUGAGCAUUAGAGGUUUGCACACCCGCUCAUCACAACCAUUUGGAGCACAAGGCCAGGGCCACAGCCAACGCAGGGGCGCCAGUCGACCACCAGAGGGCUCCACGCAGCGUCAGGGUCGGCAGUCUCAGAGUCGUGUGCGAGCCACGGUGGCCCCGCUGCCUUCCAUUCCUUUAAACAAGAUGCCUCGCACUUUAACCUUCAGCCACUCCCGACCCUGUGCCCCUGCCCUCUUUUUCCAGAACAGCUAUGAGGAGGAAGACACUUUGAUAAUCCAGUAA